ACACUUGUAUUACAUUGUGCAGUGUGUGUGUGGUUUCUUCGACGACCAAGAAUCUCGACAACAGAUUGUACACACAUAUUAUGACGAUUGUCUAGGGCCGGCGGCGUAAGUAGUUAAUUCUAGGGAAAAAAAGUCCUAAUAGCAAGAAGUUUUAUUUUUUUUGAAUUACCUACUAUGAGCCCAAAACUGGAUAGCGUCGUUGACGUUGAAAAUACACCUGCUGGCGUUUACAGAUGGACCAUCCCAAGACCGUCAUUUUCUAGUGGUAUAUCACUUAUUGAUUCACCAACGCGCACUCAAGAAAAUAGUAUAAAGAGCAAAGCUUCAUCGACUAAAAAGCUAUUAUUGUGCGCUCAAAACUUAGACGCCCAUAAUCUAUCAUAUAACGUUAAGAUCGACUUGGACUCAUUAUCUAUAGCAUCAUCCACCCACUUUACAAUCGUGAACGGUAUUGAUGGACAGUCAAAAACCAAAAAACCAGAUCAAUGUUGGUUUGCACAUCAUCAACUCACAGUAUUAGUUACUGUUAUGACAAUAGUAUUAUUUCUAGCUAUCAUGUACUGCAUAUUUUAUGUACACAGAAGUGCAACAAACUUUAAAAUCAACUACGUUUGAUGUCAAUACUCAAGAAUGUUAUUCCUAUAUUAAUUAUUUUUAAAUUGAAUGCAAAUGUACAUUAACUAUACAUAAUGUGAAAAUAUAUUUAUAAAUUGACCUAAAAAAAUUGUUAUACAUU